GGGCUGCUGGGUGAGAGGCCAGGGCCGAGGAGGGCUUCAGGACGCGGGAAGCGCCCUUGCUUCAAGUCGCGGGCGUGGGAACGGGGUUGCAAAACGGGUCCCCUCCAUCCGGGUGGGUUAAGGGCCCUGGCAGCCUUUUCGCGAAGGCGCCACGCCCUAGCAGUUGGGCCGCAGUGGGCCCGAGGUCCACUCGGACCGCCAAGACCGCUCGUUGGCCGCGGAGCUGGAGGAAAGGGGAUACCUGGGCGCCGGCCGCCGCCCUGGCAACUCGGCCGAGGCCCCUAUCUCAACCUAGUUUCUCUUUUUCCCCUGUUCUGCAGGCUCGCUUCCGGCGUCAUGGCUCAAAGGGCCUUCCCGAAUCCUUAUGCUGAUUAUAACAAAUCCCUGGCCGAGGGCUACUUUGACGCUGCCGGGAGGCUGACUCCUGAGUUCUCACAACGCUUGACCAAUAAGAUUCGGGAGCUUCUUCAGCAAAUGGAGAGAGGCGUGAAAUCAGCAGACCCUCGGGAUGGCACCGGUUACACUGGCUGGGCAGGUAUUGCUGUGCUUUACUUACAUCUUUAUGAUGUAUUUGGGGACCCUGCCUACCUACAGUUAGCACAUGGCUAUGUCAAGCAAAGUCUGAACUGCUUAACCAAGCGUUCCAUCACCUUCCUCUGCGGGGAUGCAGGCCCCCUGGCAGUGGCUGCUGUGCUGUAUCACAAGAUGAACAAUGAGAAGCAGGCAGAAGAUUGCAUCACACGGCUAAUUCACCUAAAUAAGAUUGAUCCUCAUGCUCCAAAUGAAAUGCUGUACGGGCGAAUAGGCUACAUCUAUGCUCUUCUUUUUGUCAAUAAGAACUUUGGAGUGGAAAAGAUUCCUCAAAGCCAUAUUCAGCAGAUUUGUGAAACAAUUUUAACCUCUGGAGAAAACCUAGCUAGGAAGAGAAACUUCACGGCAAAGUCUCCACUGAUGUAUGAAUGGUACCAGGAAUAUUAUGUAGGGGCUGCUCAUGGCCUGGCUGGAAUUUAUUACUACCUGAUGCAGCCCAGCCUUCAAGUGAGCCAAGGGAAGUUACAUAGUUUGGUCAAGCCCAGUGUAGACUACGUCUGCCAGCUGAAGUUCCCUUCUGGCAAUUACCCUCCGUGUAUAGGUGAUAAUCGAGAUCUGCUUGUCCAUUGGUGCCAUGGCGCCCCUGGGGUCAUCUACAUGCUCAUCCAGGCCUAUAAGGUAUUCAGAGAGGAAAAGUAUCUCUGUGAUGCCUAUCAGUGUGCUGAUGUGAUCUGGCAAUAUGGGUUGCUGAAGAAGGGAUAUGGGCUGUGCCACGGUGCUGCAGGGAAUGCCUAUGCCUUCCUGACACUCUACAACCUCACGCAGGAUAUGAAGUACCUGUAUAGGGCCUGUAAGUUUGCUGAAUGGUGCUUAGAGUAUGGAGAACAUGGAUGCAGAACACCAGACACCCCUUUCUCUCUCUUUGAAGGAAUGGCUGGAACAAUAUAUUUCCUGGCUGACCUGCUAGUCCCCACAAAAGCCAGGUUCCCUGCAUUUGAACUCUGAAAGGAAAGCAUGCCACCUGUAACUCACUGCAUGACCCUUUCUGUAUAUUCAAACCCAAGCUAAGUGCUUUCGUUGCUUUCCAAGGAAACAAAGAGUCAAACUGUGGACUUGAUUUUGUUAGCUUUUUUCAGAAUUUGUCUUUCAUUCGGUUCAUUUCCAUUAUCAUUUACUUUUACUUAAAAGUAUCCAAGGAAGUCUUUUAACUUUAAUUUCCAUUUCUUCCUAAAGGGAGAGUGAGUGAUAUGUACAGUGUUUUGAGGUUGUAUACAUAUGUUCCAGAACUUGGAGGAAAUCUUAUUUAAGUUUAUGAAUAUAACCAUCUGUUACUGUUCUAAAAAUGUUUAAAAGAAACUCAAUAUAGAUAAAAAUAAAUAUGUGACUAUUAUUGGGUAUUGCACUUCACUCUUUUUUAAUAUUUUUCCUCCAAUUGGAGGGCAAACAAUUUUAUGACUUGCUUUUCUCUAGGUGUUUCAUUUUGAAAGGGACAAAAAUAUAACUAAAUGCUUCCAGGAGAAAAAUUCCAAGAAUUGCAAUCUGGACUUGGGACCUAAAUAUCAUUUUUAAAAUUCUUGAUGCCUAUUUAGACUAGAGGUAAACAUACUUUCAGAUUUGCCUGUUUUUGUCAGCAAGGCAUACAGGCUUCAGAAGCCAACAUUUUUAAUCAAAAAUGUAUAAAAUGUGAUGAUCAUUGUGAAAAUUCUGAGUUGAAGGUUAGUUCAGGAUAAGCCAACAAUAACAGUUUGUGUUUUCUCUAAAAUAAUCUGGGUUUUUUGGAACUAUUUCAGUAUUCAUUUAAGAUCAGGAAGCUAAUUUUCUAUGUAUGAGUAUGCUUUGACCUAGGAUUUCAGCCCACUCUGACUGACUUUCUAAACUUUGAGUUUUUUACAGUGACUAUGCAUUAGUGCUGACUCUUUGGUAUAAGCCAUAAAAUAUUUUCCUUCUUAUCAAUUUAUCUGAACUUUGAUCUUUUCACUAAAUAGUACAGUAUUCUACUUCGGUUUAAAAAGGGGGGAUGAGAAAGGGAAUACUAUGUAACCAAUAACUUGAACAAAAACACUAAGCUUUUAAUAGAAAUGCUUUUUGUUGAGGAGGUAUUAUCCAGAGUUCAUGCUUAGAACAAAUAUAUCUUUGUGUAUCCUAGGCUUAACAAUUCAUCAGUUUCUGAGACCACAGAAUCAGGUUUUCUGUAGUAGAUAAAGACUCCCUGGUGCUUCAAAUCCCCUACAAAUGUUUUGACUCAGCAGCUUUUACUCCUCCUCCUUCCAAUACUGCCUUUGCCUGGCUUGUUUUUUCUCUUUGCAACUGAUUUUGCAA